AUGGGUUCCCUGUGGAGAUGGUGGACACUCUGGGCCGGAGCAACCCUCAUGUGGGGGUUGGGCCUGGAGGCCUUAGAGGACGUCAGAAACCCUGAAGGGGAGGAAUUCCUCGCUGCUUUCCUGCAGAACUACCGUCCCGGCUACGGCUCGCCGACUCUCUACCUCUUCAUCACCAGUCGGUCGGAAAGUCCAGCCUCGGUCUCCAUCCUCAGCCUGGCAGAUGACACCUCACAUAAGGUCACAGUGAUCCCAGAGGUGUCAGUCAUGGUCAGCAUUGGUAGCAAGGCUGAGAUGAGCGGGAGUGAUAUCUUUCCCCGUGCGGUGAUCAUCCGCUCUGACCGCAGCAUCUCCGUGCAGGCGUUAAACGCUAAGCUCCAGUCAGCAGAGCUGACGCUGUUGCGGCCUGUCCACACCCUGGGCACUGAGUACUUUGUGCUCACACCACCUGGCACCUCAGGUGGCAAUGUCAAGGAGUUUGCCGUGGUGGCCGGUGCCGCAGGUGCCUUAGUCAGCGUCAAGCUGAAGGGGUCAGUGACAUUCCAGGGUGAAGUCUACCCAGCAGGCAGUGUCCUCAAUAUGAAUCUGCAGCCCUACAAUGUGGCCCAGGUGCAAAGCACAGUUGAUCUCUCGGGGUCAAAAGUUACAGCCAGUAGCCCUGUGGCUGUCUUCUCUGGUCACAGCUGUGCCCAGAAACACACAAACUGCAACUAUGUGGUGGAACAACUGCCACCCACGUCUGCCUGGGGUACCCGCUACGUGGUGCCCAGUCUGUUCUCCCAGACCCGCUAUGAUCUGGUCUACGUUGUGGCCAGCCAGGCCACAAAGCUGACCUACAAUCUUGGAGGUACCCUUGGCUCCCGUGGGCUCCAGAUGGGUGAUGUGUUAGAAUUUGAGAUCCGUCCAUCCCGGCCACUCUACCUGUCUGCAGAUGUGGGCAUCCAGGUUCUGUUAUUUGGCACAGGUGCCAUAAAUAAUGGAGUGACCUAUGGCCCAAACCUGGUCGUGGUCCCAGAUGUGACCACUUACUGCCCUGCCUAUGUGAUCAACAGCAUGCCAGAAUCUGAGGGCAUAGCCCUGGUGGUGGCACAGACAGAUGCCUCCGACAAGCUGACUAUGGACAGGCAAGCUCUGGGGAAGAAGAACCUCAACUGGGUGGCUGUGCCAGGCAGUGAGUUCUCAUACGCUGAAGUGGACCUUGGUGCUGAUGGCAAAAUCCACACGGCCACAGCCCCUACCAACUUCGGGGUCCUCGUCUUUGGACUGGCCCAGCAUGUGAGCUUCGGGACAGCAGCUGAUUGUAGACAGACUCAGACACCUUCAGUGGAGCCCUCCUGCGAAGGCGUGAAGUGUGCAGCUGGGCAGGUUUGCCAGGUGGCAGACGGGGAGGCCAAGUGCGUGACAAAGCCCAUGGCCGUCUGCAGCGCCCAGGGUGACCCCCAUUACACCACCUUUGAUGGCCGUCGCUAUGACAUGAUGGGCACCUGCACAUACACGAUGGCCGAGCUGUGCAGCAAUGAUGACACCCUGCCUGCCUUCAGCGUGGAGGCCAAGAACGAGCACCGGAACAGCCACCGAGUCUCCUACGUGGGCUUGGUGACUGUGCACGCCUACAGCCACUCAGUGUCGCUGGCCCGCGGGGAAGUUGGCCUGGCCAGGAUCGACAGCCAGCGUUCACGCUUGCCGGUCUCCCUAAAUGGGGGUCGCCUACGUGUAUACAAGAGCGGGACUCGGGCUGUGGUGGAGCUGGACUUCGGGCUGGUAGUCACCUAUGACUGGGACUGCCGGCUGGCACUGAACCUGCCCGAGAACUUCCAAGGCCAGGUGUGCGGGCUGUGUGGCAAUUAUAAUGGUAACCCUGCCGACGACUUCCUUGCCGCUGAUGGGGAGCAGGCUCCUGAUGUCAUGGAGUUUGCCAAUAGCUGGAAGCUGGAUGACGGGGACUACCAGUGUGUGGACGGCUGCCAGGACAACUGUCCCUCCUGCACCCCAGGCCAAACCCAACACUAUGAGGGUGAUAAACUCUGUGGCAUGCUGACCUCACUUAAGGGCCCUUUUGCCAUCUGCCAUAAUACUUUGGACCCACAGCCCUUCCUGAAGGAAUGUGUAUAUGACCUGUGCGCAAUGGGUGGAGAGCGGCCCAGCCUGUGCCGGGGCCUCAGCGCCUAUGCCCAGGCCUGUCUGGAGCAUGGCAUCUCUGUUGGAGACUGGAGGUCACCAGCCAACUGCCCCCUGUCCUGCCCAGCCAACAGCCGGUACGAGCUCUGCGCCCCUGCCUGCCCGGCCACCUGCAACGCGGCGGCGGCGCCAUCCGACUGUGCCCAGCGCCCAUGCGUCGAGGGCUGCGUGUGUCUCCCGGGCUUCGUGUCCAGCGGCGAUGACUGCGUGCUGGCCUCGUCAUGCGGCUGCGUCUUUCAGGGCCGCCCGCUCGCGCCAGGCCAGGAGGUGUGGGAGGACGAGGAGUGCCAGCGGCGCUGCACCUGCGACGGCACCACCAAUCAGGUGAACUGCCGCGACACGCAGGGCUGCCCCGCGGGCGAACGCUGCGACGUCCAGAACGGCCUCCUGGGUUGCUAUCCUGAGAAAUUUGGGACCUGCCAGGGGUCCGGCGACCCGCAUUACGUGAGCUUCGACGGCCGGCGCUUCGACUUCAUGGGCACCUGCACCUACCUGCUGGCCGGCUCCUGCGGCCAGAACGCAGCGCUGUCCACCUUCCAAGUGCUGGUGGAAAACGAGCAUCGGGGCAGCCAGACCGUGAGCUACACGCGCGCCGUGCGGUUGCAGGCCCACGGCGUGGAGGUGGCUGUGCGCCGGCAGGACAAGGGGCAAGUCCUGGUGGACGGCGUCCUUCACUACUUGCCCUGCAGUGCAGCAGAUGGGCAGAUCCAGGUGUUCCGCCAGGGCAACAAUGCUGUCAUACGUACUAACUUUGGCCUGACUGUCACUUACAACUGGGAUUCCCGUGUGACUGCUAAGGUGCCCAGCAGCUAUGCUGGGGCCCUGUGUGGGCUCUGCGGGAACUUCAAUGGGGACCCAAAAGAUGACUUUGCUCUACGGAGUGGAGGCCAAGCUGCCAAUGCACUGGCCUUUGGCAAUAGCUGGCAGGAGGAGACAAGGCCUGGCUGUGGAGCGGCUGAACCAGGUAACUGUCCCCAGCUGGACUCCUUGGUGACCCAGCAGUUGCAGAGCAAGAAAGAGUGUGGGAUCCUCGCUGACCCUGAGGGACCCUUCCGGGAGUGCCACAAGAUAUUGGACCCCCAGGGUGCCGUGCGUGAUUGCGUCUAUGACCGCUGCCUGCUGCCAGGCCAGUCUGGGCCACUAUGUGAUGCAUUGGCCACAUAUGCUGCUUCUUGCCAAGCUGCCGGGGCCACCGUACACCCCUGGAGGAGUGAGAAACUUUGCCCAAUGAGCUGCCCUCCCCACAGCCACUACGAGCCACUUGCCUCCGGCUGCCCACUGACCUGUGGAGACCUCCCAGUGCCUGGGGGCUGUGGCUCUCAAAACCAGGAGGCCUGUGUAUGUGACGAGGGCUUCGUGCUCAGUGGUGAGUCCUGCGUGCCCCUGGCCAACUGUGGCUGCGUGCACCAGGGAACCUACCACCCACCAGGCCAGACCUUCUACCUCGGUCCCAAGUGCACUUCCCUUUGCCACUGUCAGGAGGGUGGCCUGGUUUCCUGUGAGCCUUCCUCCUGUGGCCCACAUGAGGCCUGCAAGCCAUCCAAUGGCAUCCUGGGCUGCGUGGCUGUGGGCUCUGCCACCUGCCAGGCGUCGGGAGACCCCCAUUACACCACCUUCGACGGCCGCCGUUUCGACUUCAUGGGCACCUGCGUGUACACACUGGCUCAGACCUGUGGGGCCAGGCCUGGGCUGCACCAGUUUGCCGUUCUGCAGGAGAAUGUGGCCUGGGGCAAUGGGAAAGUCAGUGUGACCAAGGCGAUCACGGUCCAGGUGUCCGACUUUGUCCUACGGCUAGAACAGAAGCAGAAAAAGGUCACGGCGAAUGGUGUGGACAUGAAACUGCCCCUGGUGCUAGCCGAGGGCCAGAUCCGUGCCUCCCAGCAUGGCGUGGAUGUUGUGAUUCAGACUGACUUUGACCUGCGUGUGGUGUAUGACCUCCAGUACAAUGUGCGAGUCACCGUCCCAGGCAACUACUACCAGCAGAUGUGUGGCUUAUGUGGUGACUACAACGGUGACCCCAAGAAUGACUUCCAGAAGCCCGAUGGUUCACAGGCAGAAAAUCCCAAUGAGUUUGGCAACUCUUGGGAGGAGGCAGUGCCUGGCUCCCCGUGCCUGCCACCGCCCACUUGCCAGCCAGGGGACAAGGACUGCAACCCCAAUCCCCAGUGUCCUGCUGAGCUGGAGAGCAAGUAUCAGAAGGAAGAGUUCUGUGGGUUCCUUACCAGCUCCAAAGGGCCGCUGGCCUCCUGCCACAAGCUGGUCAACCCCCAGGGUCCCUUGCAAGAUUGUGUCUUUGACCUGUGCCUGGGUGGCGGUGACCUGAACAUUCUCUGCAACAACAUCCAUGCCUAUGUGAGUGCCUGCCAGGCUGCUGGAGGCCACGUGGAGCCCUGGAGGACCGAAUCUUUCUGUCCGAUGAAGUGCCCCCCCAACAGCCACUAUGAGGUCUGUGCAGACACCUGCUCCCUGGGCUGCUCUGCUCUCAGUGCCCCACCGCAGUGCCCGGAUCAAUGUUCUGAGGGCUGCCAGUGUGACUCCGGCUUCCUCUAUGAUGGCCAAUCCUGCGUGCCCAUCGAGAAAUGUGGCUGCUACCACAACGGCAUCUACUAUGAGCCACAGCAGACGAUCCUCAGUGACAACUGUAAGAAGCAGUGUACAUGCCACGCAGGUCAAGGCGUGGUGUGCCAGGAACACAGCUGCAAGCCGGACCAGGUGUGCCAGCCCUCUGGAGGCGUCCUGAGCUGUGUCCAUAAAGACCCGUGCCAAGGUGUGACAUGCCGGCCACAGGAGACUUGCAAGGAGCAGAGUGGCCAGGGUGUGUGCGUGCCCAACUAUGAAGUCAAAUGCUGGCUGUGGGGUGACCCACACUACCACUCCUUCGAUGGCCGCAACUUUGACUUCCAGGGCACCUGUAACUAUGUGCUGGCAACAACUGGCUGCCAGGGGGUCAGUGCCCAGGGCCUGACACCCUUUACUAUCACCACCAAGAAUGAGAACCGGGGCAACCCCUCUGUGUCCUACGUGAGGCUCGUCACUAUAACUACCCUCGGCACCAACAUCUCCAUCCACAAGGGCGAAACUGGCAAAGUCCGGGUGAAUGGUGUGCUGACAGCACUGCCUGUCACUGUGGCCGGUGGGCAGCUUUCAGUGACCCAUGGCUCGUCAAAGGCAGUGCUGGCAACUGACUUUGGGCUGCAAGUCACCUAUGACUGGAAUUGGCAAGUGGAGGUGAUACUGCCCAGUAGCUAUUAUGCUGCGGUGUGUGGGCUCUGUGGGAACAUGGAUCGCAACCCCAACAAUGACCAGGUCUUCCCUAAUGGCACACUGGCUCCCUCGAUACCAAUUUGGGGUGGCAGCUGGCGAGUCCCAGGCUGGGAUCCACUGUGCUGGGACGAAUGUAAGGGGUCCUGCCCAACAUGCUCUGAGGACCAGAUGGAGGAAUAUAAGGGCCCUGGCUUCUGUGGACCUCUGGUCCCAGGCACAGGGGGCCCCUUUGCUGCCUGCCAUGACCACGUGGCACCUGAUAGCUUCUUCAAGGGCUGUGUUCUAGAUGUCUGCCUGGGAGGCGGGGCCCAUGACAUACUUUGCCAGGCGCUGGCUUCCUAUGCUACCGCCUGCCAGGCUGCAGGGAUUGUCAUCAAGGACUGGCGGACGCAGGCUGGCUGUGAGAUCUCCUGCCCAGACAACAGCCACUACGAGCUCUGUGGUCCUCCUUGCCCAGCCAGCUGCCCAUCCCCAGCUCCUCGCCCACCCUCAACCCCAUGUGAUGGUCCCUGCGCUGAGGGUUGUCAGUGCAACCCAGGCUUCGUCUUCAGUGCUGACCGCUGCGUUCCUCUGCAAGGCGGCUGUGGCUGCUGGGCCAACGGUACCUACUAUGAGGCGAAUAGCAAGUUUUGGGCAGAUGACACCUGCUCUAAGUGGUGUCAUUGUGAGCCUGGGAGUGGCUCACUAGUUUGCAAGCCUGCCAGCUGUGGGGUGGGUGAAGAGUGUACCCUCCUUCCCUCUGGCCAGCUUGGCUGCCAUCCCAUCAGUACGGCUGAGUGCCAGGCGUGGGGUGACCCUCAUUACAUCACCCUGGAUGGGCACAAAUUCGACUUCCAAGGCACCUGCGAAUACCUGCUGAGCGCACCCUGCCCUGGUUCAGCCACAAAGGCUGAGAACUUCGCAGUCACUGUAGCCAAUGAGCAUCGGGGCAGCCAGGCUGUCAGUUACACCCGCAGCGUCACCCUGCAUAUCUACAACCACAACCUGACCAUGAGCGCCCGCUGGCCGCGGAAGCUACAGGUGGACGGCGAACUCGUGGCUCUGCCCUUCCAGUUGGACACGCGUCUCCGCGCUUACUUGAGUGGCGUCGACGUGGUGGCAACCACGACCUCCGGACUUUCGCUGUCUUUCGACGGGUCCAGCUCAUUGCGCCUGCGCGUGCCGGCGGCAUACGCGGGCGUCCUCUGUGGCCUGUGCGGGAACUACAACAAGAACCCCGCGGACGACCUGACUGCGGUGGGCGGAAACCCAGCCGGCUGGAAGGUGGGAGGCGCCCCGGAUUGCGGGGAGUGCGUCCCUGGGCCGUGCCCCAAACCGUGCACACCAGAGCAGCAGAAGCCUUUUGGGGGCCCAGACGCUUGUGGAGUGAUCUCCACCACCGACGGUCCGCUGGCGUCCUGUCACUCCCUGGUGCCGCCAGAGAAGUAUUUCCAGGCCUGCUUACUGGACGCCUGCCAAGCUCAGGGCCAUCCAGGAGGCCUCUGCCCUGCCAUUGCUGCCUAUGUGUCAGCCUGUCAGGCGGCUGGGGCCCAGAUCGAAGAGUGGAGGCGGCCGGACUUCUGUCCCUUCCAGUGCCCUGCCCACAGCCACUAUGAGCUCUGCGGUAACUCCUGUCCUGUGAGCUGCCCAAGCCUCUCAGCCCCUGAGGGCUGCGAGCCAGCCUGCCGUGAGGGCUGUGCUUGUGAUGCUGGUUUUGUGCUCAGCGGCAACACGUGUGUACCGGUGGGCCAGUGUGGCUGUCUUCACGAUAGCCGCUAUUACCCACUGGGCGAGGUCUUCUACCCGGGUCCCGAGUGUGAGCGACGCUGUGAAUGCAAGCCAGGUGGCCAAGUCACCUGCCAGGAGGGCAUGGCCUGUAGGCCCUAUGAGGAAUGCCGGUUGGAGAAUGGUGUCCAGGGCUGUCAACCCACGGGCUGUGGCCGCUGCCUAGCCAGCGGGGGCAUCCACUACAUCACCCUUGAUGGACGUGUCUAUGACCUACACGGCUCUUGCUCCUAUAUCUUGGCCCAAGUCUGCCACCCAAAGCCUGGGGAUGAGGACUUUACCAUUGUGCUUGAGAAGAAUGCUGCUGGAGACCCCCAACGCUUGGUGGUUACUGUGGCUGGUCAGGUCGUAGGCCUGGCUCGGGGACCACAGGUCACUGUGGAUGGCGAGGUUGUGGCCCUGCCUGUGGCUAUGGGCCAUGUGCGGGUGACCGCUGAGGGCCGAAACAUGGUUCUGCAGACGACCAAGGGACUUCGGCUUCUCUUUGAUGGGGAUGCCCACAUCCUCAUGUCCAUCCCUAACCCCUUCCGUGGACGACUUUGUGGCCUCUGUGGAAACUUCAAUGGCAACUGGAAUGAUGACUUUGUCCUGCCCAAUGGCAUAGCAGCCCCCAGUGUGGAAGCCUUCGGAGCUGCAUGGCGGGCACCCAGCUCCUCCCAGGGCUGUGGUGAGGGCUGCGGACCCAGUGGCUGCCCCGUGUGCUUUGCAGAGGAGACAAAACCAUAUGAGAGCAACAAGUUCUGUGGGCUGCUCCGUGACCCCAAGGGCCCAUUUGCGACCUGCCAUGCCUUGCUGAGCCCCUCUGAGUAUUUCCGCCAAUGUGUGUAUGACCUGUGUGCCGAAAAGGGUGACAAAGCCUUCCUCUGCCGCAGCCUGGCAGCCUACACAGCAGCCUGUCAGGCUGCUGGCAUAGCUGUGAAGCCCUGGAGGACGGACAGCUUCUGCCCGCUCCAGUGCCCUGCCCACAGCCACUACUCUGUCUGCACACGCACCUGCCAGGGCUCCUGUGCGGCUCUCUCUGGCCUCACAGGCUGCACCACCCGCUGCUUUGAGGGCUGUGAGUGCGACGACCGCUACCUGUUCUCCCAGGGUGUCUGUAUCCCUGUUGAGGAUUGUGGCUGCACCCACAGUGGCCGAUACUUGCCAGUGAACUCCUCCUUGCUGACAUCAGACUGCAGUGAGCGCUGUUCCUGUUCCUCAAGCACUGGCCUGACAUGCCAGGCAGCUGGCUGCCCAGCAGACCGUGUAUGUGAGAUCCAGGCUGGAACCCGGGACUGCUGGGUCUCCCGAGGCCUCUGUUCUCUCUCUAAGGAUGCCAACCUGACCACCUUUGAUGGAGCCCACAGUUCUGUCAACUCUCCUGGCAUCUAUGAGCUUUCUUCCUCUUGCCCAGAACUACGGAAGACCAUCCCCUGGUACCGUGUCAUUGCUGAUGUCCGCUGCCGUGGCAAAAAUGAGGGUGUAGGCCAGAUCCACAUCUUCUUCAAGGAUGGGAUGGUGACAGUGACCCCACUCAAGGGCGUAUGGGUAAAUGGUCUCAAAGUAGAUCUCCCAGCUGAAGUGUUAACAUCUGUGUCUUUGAGUCGGACCCUGGAUGGCUCCACGCUAGUCCACCAGAAGGGAGGGGUCCAGGUGCGGCUUGGAACCAAUGGGAAGCUGGCUGUGAUGGUCACCAACACCCAUGCUGGAAAGCUGUGUGGGGCCUGUGGAAACUAUGACGGGGACCAGACCAAUGACUCCCAUGGGAAGACAGCAAUGGAGAAAUGGAGAGCACAGGACUUCUCUACAUGUUAUGUGUGAUCAGUCAUCCACUGGGAAUGAAGACUUCAGGACCUGACGCCCCGGAGGUUGCAAUAUUUGAGAGGGGUAGAGCAGGGUAGGGCACCCCCUACCUGAGCCAUCAA